AUGGGCCGCCGGAAAGCCCUGCUCAUCGGGAUCAAUUACCUGGGCUCGCAGCACCAGCUCCAGGGCUGCGUCGACGAUGUCAACAAUAUGUCCGAGUUUCUCGCGUCGCGGGGCUUCUCCAACCACCCGGCCAACAUGGUCGUUCUCACCGACAUGAACGACCCUCGGGGCCCUUAUUUCCCAAACGCCCACAACAUCCUCGCUGCCAUGCACUGGCUGGUCAGUGAACCCGGUUGUAUGUGUUUCUUGCACUACUCGGGCCAUGGCGGCCAGGUGCCGGAUGAGGACGGAUCGCACUCGAGUGGAUAUGCCGACACUAUUGUCCCUGUGGACUUUGAGAGGACGGGCCAGAUUGAUAGCUCGACGCUGCAUCGGGCCCUGGUCAGCGCCCUACCGCCCAGCUGUACCCUCUUCAUCCUGUUCGAUUGCUGCCAUAGUGGUUCCGCUGUGGAGUUGCCCUUCGUAUACCGGACCGAUGAUGACGGGAACGUCAACGUGAUGGACAACCUGAGAGCUGGCGCCGAAUUGAUUGGCGAGGCAUCACAUCUCAUCCGCGGCGACUUUUCCUACGACAGCGCGGGCGAGGCGCGCCACCUGUUGGCCGGCGCCACCUCGUUCUUCCGCUCUCUCAAGCACCAGUACGAAGGCGACUACGAGGAAGGCCUGCAAAACGUGGGCGACUUCCAGGACGAAUACGGCGCGGAGAACAAGUCGGUCUUUAUGUUCUCGGGUUGCAAGGACGAGCAGACUUCAGCUGAUGCUUUCAUCAAUGGCAGACAUGUCGGUACGUACUAUACCGGAUUGCCCUCUGUGUCUCUGCCGCGGUCUCUGUCCCCACUUCCUAACAUCAACGUACCCUUACUCUCUUCUGAACACUUGCCAUUUUUAUGGUAUGCUACGGCUCUUAAGAGAAAACGCCCCAGCUGA